AUGAUCACCUCGGAAUCGUUACCCCGGCCGACUCAAGCUCCCACGGCGGCCUCAUCAUUUGCCUCAUCAUCGAUUGGGGGCGGAGCCAAUCAUUUGCCUGUCUCCUUGGAUACCGGAAACACAAUUAACGAUAAUCAACUAUUGUUGUUAGCGUUGCAGGAGAGAUUAAUGCGCCCUAAUCAACCAACGCUCACCCAAUCAGCUACCACACCAUCGCUACAACAGUUGGCCAAUACCGCCAACACCUCAUCAACGAAUGCCACGUCAUUAGCAGCGUCGAACGAAACGACUCGUCUGAUUCAGCAAAUGUUUCUGGGUCAGAUGCUGAUUCCACAGCUUCCCGCUGCUCUCGAUCUAGCUUCUUCAAUGAGUCUUCCGCUGUCAACGGCGAUUCCACCAGCGAUCAGUACUCCACAACAACACGCGUUAUGGCAACAUAGUAUGUGUGCAUGGCCCAAUUGCGAUCAGCCGUGUGAUUCUGUGAUGGCACUGAUCCAACAUCUACAGCAAGAGCAUCCAUCGUGUGACAGAACCAACGAAGAAAUGCGAGCGCAAAUCGAGAAAGUCGAAUCACUGGAACACAAGCUGUCCGUGGAACGAAAUCGUCUUCAAGGCAUGAUGCAGCACCUUCGAAUGAAGCCGUCUCCAGACACAACGACGCCGAAUAUCGGGAAAAUCGAGCCGACGAGUCCGUUGAGGUCACCGAAAAUCGAAGGAGCCGCCGGUUUCACGAUUCAACCAGCUCAUCAUCAGACACAAACACAACAACAACAACAGCCACAAGUGAUAACUCAGACACAGCAGAUAACACAAGUCUCACCCACCUCCGAGGCUGCAUCCUCCCUCCUGAGCAUCGCCGCAUCGAUAGCCGCUUCCACAGUGGGAACGACUCAAAUGACUACAGUACCCUCCGUCAGUUCAAUGCCAACUUUCAUCAAUCAUCAACUAUCCACGUCAUCACAACCGUCAACCAACGGACCAUCCGGUUCUGGACCACUUCUUUUGCAAAGAGCAGCCAGUUCAGCAUCCACAGAAACAUCGCCAAAUCCAGAUAGGAAUUUUGUAGCCAGGAGAAGUCGGAUAUCGGAUAAAACAGUUCAACCGAUUGCCACGGAUAUCGCCAAAAAUCGAGACUUCUACCGAGCCAACGAUGUGCGGCCUCCCUACACAUAUGCUUCAUUAAUUCGACAAGCCAUUAUGGAAUCUCCAGACUGUCAGCUAACACUGAAUGAAAUCUAUACAUGGUUCACCGAGACUUUUGCCUAUUUCCGAAGGAAUGCUGCCACGUGGAAGAACGCCGUUCGUCACAAUCUCUCCCUUCAUAAAUGUUUCCAACGCGUAGAGCAAAACGUAAAAGGAGCCGUAUGGACAGUGGACGAUUCAGAAUUCUACCGAAGACGUCCCAACCGAUCGUCAGCAACCAGAAGUCAACCACAAACUCCACUUCCAGAUGAUAUUUCGCCGCAUAGAAUGUUUGACUCGAAUGCUUUGAGCUCAUUUUUGGAAAUGCAGAACUUCGAUCCGGCGUCACUCUCCGGCGAACCAUUCCAGCUGAAUGGCAAUAGUCUUGACAAUGUGUUGUCAAUGCUUGCAAAUAGUACAGAUGUGAACAAUCCACUCCACAUGCUUUCGGCAGCUGCUGUAGCCGGACAUUCUGGAAGUUUGGAUGGACCGCCGUUGAAUAAUGUGAAAGAAGAAUUGAUGGAUGUGGUCGAACAGCAUAAUGGACAUACUCUGAAAGUGGCCGGACAUCUUCAAAAAGCCAACAAACGUCCCGCCUCUGCGAACCCAUCAACGGUGUCUUCGUGCUGA